AUGAACCCUAAAAUAGACGAAAAAUGCAUCAAUGAAAUUCGUAUGUUGUCAGCUGAACUUCCAUUAAAGGCCAAUAGUGGACAUCAAGGUGCACCAAUCGGAUGUGCACCUAUGGCCCAUAUUUUGUGGGGAUAUAUUAUGAACUAUUAUAAUGAAGAUACAAAUUGGAUUAAUAGAGAUAGAUUUGUAUUAUCAAAUGGCCACGCUAGUGCAUUAUUAUACACUAUGCUAUAUUUGACAGAACAAGGGUUAACUAUGGAGGAUCUAAAGAAUUUUCGACAAUUGGAAAGCUUAACACCAGGGCAUCCAGAAAAACAUAUUACCAAAGGUGUGGAAGUAACCACAGGACCAUUAGGACAAGGUGCUUCGAACGCAGUUGGUAUGGCUAUAUGUGCACAUAACUUAGCAGAAAAAUAUAACACAAAGGAAUAUCCAAUUUUUGACAACUAUGUGUAUGCUAUAUGUGGUGAUGGAUGUAUGCAAGAAGGUGUGUUUUGUGAAUCAGCUUCCUUGGCAGGUCAUUUAGGGUUAGGAAGAUUAAUAGUUUUAUAUGAUGACAAUAAAAUAACAAUUGAUGGAAAUACAGAAUUAUCAUUUACAGAAAAUAUUGAAAAAAAAUUUGAGGCUUUAAAUUGGGAAGUAAGAAAAGUAUCGAAUGGAAACACAGAUUUUGAAAAUUUACUAGCACAAAUUGAAGAAUCGAAAAAAAAUAAAAAACAACCAUCACUAAUUAUUGUUCAGACAUCUUGUGGUUAUGGAACGAAAGUAGAAGGAACAUGUAAAUCUCAUGGGUUAGCAUUAAAAGAAGAAGAUUUGAAAAAGGCAAAAGCAUUUUUUGGUCUAGAUCCUGAAAAACAAUUCCACAUUUCAGAUGAAGUGAAAACUUUUUAUAAAAAUGUUAUACAAAAAAAAAAAGAAAAUUAUUUGAAAUGGAAAGAUAUGUUUGAAAAAUACACCUUGCAAUAUCCUGAAAAAGGACAAGAAAUUUUGAGAAGAUUUGAAAAAAAAUUACCACAUAAUUGGAUAGAAGUCUUACCUAAAUACACAACUGUUGAUGUCCCAGGAGCUACUAGAAAUUUAUCAGGUGCUGUUUUAAAUUGUAUAAAUAAAAUUUUACCUGAGUUGAUAGGUGGAAGUGCAGAUUUAACAGAUUCUAAUUGUACAUCUUUAAAGGAAGAAAAAGAUAUUAACAAAAAUUCUUAUGCAAACAAGUACAUCAGGUAUGGUGUACGAGAACAUGGUAUGGUGGCUGUAACAAAUGGAAUUUAUGCUUAUGGAGGAUUUGAACCUUUUUGUGCAACUUUUCUAAAUUUCUAUACUUAUGCAUUUGGUGCACUAAGAUUAGCUGCCUUGUCAAAUUAUCACAUCUUAUGUAUAGCAACACAUGAUUCUGUUGAAUUAGGAGAAGAUGGCCCAACACAUCAACCCAUUGAAGUUUUAUCCUUACUUAGAUCAACACCAAAUUUGAAUAUAAUUAGACCAGCAGAUGGUAAUGAAGUAUCAGGUGCAUAUUUAUGUCAUUUUGAGAAUCCCCAAACACCAACCGUUAUUGCUUUAUGUAGAAAUAAAGUACCCCAUUUAAAAAAUACGUCAGCAGAAUUAGUCCUAAAAGGUGCAUACAUUUUAGAAGAUUUUGACGAUACCAAUGAUAAUCAGAAGGUCAUUCUGUGCGCAUGUGGUUCAGAAUUGCAUCUUUGCUUUGAUGCAAAAAAUAUUCUAAAAGAGGAACAUAAUUUAAAUGUACGAAUUGUAAGCUUUCCAUCAUGGACUUUAUUCAAAAAGCAAUCAGAAGAGUAUCAAAGUUCAGUUAUGAUGCACCAUAAUGUUAAAAUCGUUAGAUUCUAUAUGGAGCCUGCAUCUACCCAUGGAUUCGACACCUAUUUUAAUGUCUACAUAGGUAUUAAUCAAUUUGGCUAUUCAGCCCCUAAGGAUAAAAUAUGGAAUCAUCUGGGAUUUACUCCUCAAAAUAUAGUUCAGAAAGUAUUAACGUUUAUAAAAACGAAAAUGAACAAUUGA